GUCGGAUCUUAGUACCCCGUCGACUUUGGCGAAAGCGUCGAAGGCGAUGAAAAUGGCGGCUAAGCCAAAGAACAAGAACGCAAAGACAGCGAAACCGAAGGACAAUCAGGAGGGCGAGCAGCUACUUCCGCCAGGAGGGCUGGUAGCUUAUUUAAGUUCUUACUUUUUGGCUUGUUAUUAAUUUCGAGUCGUUUUGCUUUGUGGUUUCUAUAGAGAAAGCGAGUAGGGUGGGCUGGUGGGUCAUUGGAUUGGACUGGGGGAGACAAAGCCCAGGCCCAUCCCCUGCCCCAUGCGCUGCCUCACCUGUCUCGCGUGCGCGUGGGUGCGCGCGCUGCCCAUGCUUGUGAGAAUAGACCCCGCCGCACAUGCUGCGCCCUGGGCGUGUGGCGGGAGACUGCGCGCAGGGGAUGGCCUGGCGCGUGGACCAGUUUGGGGCGACGGCUAAGCGUGUGGCCUGAGACUGCGCGCAGGAGAUGGCUGGGCGUGUGGACCAGUUGAAGACGAUGGCGAGCGCGUGCAGAGAAUUCGCCGCGGCGGUGUGGCGCUUGGCGUGGAAUGUCGGCGCGGUGGAAGCGCUUGCGUGCCUCGUUCUGCAAGUGACACGCUCGCGCAGAAAAUCGCGCCUCCGGGGUAUUGCAUUCGCGUGGGCGAGCAAGGUGGUGGAUUUCACUGAAAACCAGGGCGGACCUUGUGACAAGGACGCAAGCCCCUGGAGCUGCAGGAGCUAGCUGACAGCAUUUCGGCAGCUUGGGAGAGUCUGACGCCUGAGGCGCUCGCUUUUUCUGUGGCACGUCUGGCGUUUUCUGUGGCGUGUGUGUGUGUGGGGUUGGGUUCGGUUCUUGUUUUUCUACGCCCAAGCCUCAGGGUCAGCCGUUGAACGUGUUGCGGGUCGGUUGCGGUGCUCUCUUCUGUGUGUGGUCGUGAUGUCUUUGCAGUUUCGCUUUUGCCUUCGUCGGUGCUCGCGUUGUUUGUGGAGAUGCAUGGCUCGGACUGACUUAGCCAGACAGCGCGCGUGGAUAGGUGGCACCAAAGGACAAGCCCCCCGGGUGGUGGUUCGGGUUUCUCGCUCCGUGGCUGACAGAGCUGGGCUUGGGCGUGUUUUCUCUUUCUUCUUUGUUAUGCUCUCUCUUUUGGUGGUGAGAGCAGGCAGAGGGUGCCUUGCUGUGGUUCUCGGGUUGGUUUCUUUGUUUGUUGUAGUUGGUUGUCUUGCCACAUGGACACGUUACCGAUGGGAAGCGCCCCAGGGCGGGGCGUGUGUUGGCGCUUCCGGCAUUGAAGUUAGGUGGGCGUCGUUUCCUUGGGCUUUGUUGUUUAGAGUAGAAUAUAUUUGGGAAAAUAUUAGCAAGCUUAUGCUCUUUCAUCCGAAGAUCUCUUUACAGGUAAAAAAGGGCCAGCGAGUAGCUGGCGCCGACAGUGGCAGGGCUUUGCCUCCGACGGUUCUCCUCGGCAGUGAUCUUUUCCUAACAAGGCCGAAGUUUUCAAUGUUUGCGUCACGUUCUCAGCCUCUCGAUAAGGAUCGCAAACCGAUUGAAAGUGUGCAGCCUGGAGAACCGGAUGAAGCCACUUCUAGCGAGCCACAGUUCAAGCUACUAGUAGAUCUUCUACAGCGACAGACUGCGUCGGUUUUCAAUUAUCGCCAGUUGGUGCGUCUUCUGGCGAUGGCGUACAGCUUGGAUGUGGAUGGGGCGUACAACUUGCUCAACAGUGCUGGCUGUUCCUUCAUAUUCAGACAGAACCAAGAAACCGGCGAGUCGCUUAAUGAUCUGCCGCUAUUUGCUGGCCAAGCAUAUGCGAGACUUAGGGCCUUGCUCGUCGCGGCGGCCAGCUCGAAAAUGCGAACAGCGAAGCAGAUCCGUAACGAAAGGCAUGUGGCUCGGCGUAUUGCGUUGGAGCGGCAGACGCAAGAGCGUGAACAGCGAACUGAAGCGAAGAUUUUGGCUCUGAAGAAAUUGCACAAGUACAUCAAGAAAGACUCAGAGGAGGGCGCGGAGUAUGUCCGAAUGAACAGCAAGAGGUCGGAUCUAACGCAGCCUUUAACUUAAGGGAUGAAGCAUUUCACUUCGAACUACAGCUACAGGGCAGUGCAGGCCUUACGUUACUAGCUCGAAGAUAGAGUUUGUUGCGCUGCAAAGUGAGGUGCUUCAUCUACCCACCUCUAAUCAACAUUUGGCGACGAUCACGAUUUGCUAAAGAAAAAGACGCCCGAUGAAAUCGCUGCGGAGCUCUUCACAAACGCGGGGGACGCAGUGGAGGGCGACAAAGCGUCAGCAGAUGGCGCAGGUUUCGAGUGGAAAAUCGACACAG